AAAUCAGUUACUUCCCUCCAAGAGGAAAUACAAGCUCAGUUGACUAGAUAGCAUAGUUAAGGAUAGUUAAGCAUUUAUUCUGGAUGGCGUGGAUAUGGCCUAUGGCAAGCUUGGCUAGGGUGGUGAGCAGAGCGAGCCAGCUCUAUUCAAGCUGGCUUUAUGCCCUUGAAUGCCCCCCACAUUGAGGCCUUGGGCAUGACACACAGUUCAGCCUAAAGCUUUAAAAACUUCUUUCUUUUCACUUCAAGGGCUUUGAACUCAGAAGCGCGGGAAAAGCUCUUUUGGAGCCAGAUGGUUACCCAGGCCACUUGCUGCAAAGAUGUCUAGUCCAGAUUUGAACAUGGUGGUCUCAAAUAGUGUGAAGGUACCUCAUGUGACUGUCCAGUUCAGCAUUCAGCUCUCCCAAACUGAAGACUAAGGACUGAGCCUGUCACAGGCUCCUGCAGUUGGGCUCCUGCCAACAGUACAAAUAACUGACCAGCUUGUUGGAAGAUGACGUUUAUUCCUGCUUAAAGCUGCUGUUCUGAAAACAAACAGUAGAAGAAUGUGGAAGAAUUCAAGCCUCCGCUACCUUUUAGCACUAGCUAUUUUAUGCCUAAGAAGCUUAGUAUAUAGCCAAGAGAUAGGUUCUCUAGGGCACCCCCAGAAUUUGAAAUGUGUAACGCACAAUUUACACGAAAUGAUCUGUACUUGGGAUGUGUCUCCUAGAAGAAAACAUGGACAAACGGACUUUUGCUAUGCUGCCAAUGACCUCCCCACUCCAGUGUGUUUUAAAACUAAGGAGAAAAGGGUUGAGAUUCCAGUCCCACACAGCUCCAGCACAGUGACAAUAACUACAAACAGCAUCUCUGGAACUGCUUUGGCUACCGAAGAAUUUAAAAUUCACAAGAAGGAUAUCUUGUUUAUUCCUGUCACUCCACGCAUUCUUAGUUUAACACCUGACUUUUCAACUUCCACAUUAAAUCUGAAGUGGAGUGAUAAUGGUUCGGUCUUCCCAGAUGGACUGGGUGCUGUUUGGCAGAUUCAGAUACUCCGAAAAGAAACAAUGGAAAAAGUCACACAAGUUACUUACCACUCAAAACUGACUCAUGAAGACAUCAUUCUUUCUUGGAACUGGACAUCAGAUAUGCCUUUGGAGUGCGCAUCGCACUAUGUGAAGAUUCGCUGUUAUAUUAAUGUAACACAGUUUGUUGGCCUCAAGGAGUGGAGUGACUGGAGCCCAGUGGAAGUGAUCCUUGGAAAAGAUACCGAUCCCAGUGAGAGUGGAGUGUUUCCUCUGGAUACUGUGGUGGCAGUAGGUUCAGAUGUGACAUUUUGUUGUAUCCAUGAAGAAGGUCAGAACAUAACAAAUAUGAGUUAUGGAUCAAAGCCCUACCCAAUGAUAAAGCUGAGCAGUCGGAGCCAUGCAAUCAGAGUACUAAAUGCCAGUGCCUCAGAUUCCAGUGGAACAAAUGUCGUGUGCAGACUCAACAAUGGAAUGAUGGAGGGAACUGUCCUGUUUGUAGGAUAUGCUCCUGAUAUUCCCCAAAACCUGAGCUGUGAAACACCCAAUUUCCGGAUAAUAAAAUGCACCUGGAAACCAGGCAGACCCAGUGGACUGUAUGGAAAACGAAGAACAAAGUACAGUUUAUUUGAAAGAACAUCUGGUAAAAAUGUUUCAUGUGAAGUCAAUGAAAUGAACAGAGAGCAUGUCUGUGGCUUUCCAGUACUGCCUGAUCAAAAAACCUAUGAUUUCAUAUUAGGUGUCUCCAAUCCUAUUGGGCAAGCAGAGUCAUCUCUUUUGGUUGAUAUAACUCAAAGAGUUCAUCCAAAAACCCCAGAGAAGUUGACUGUUUCUGAAAACAACUCUACAAGCAUUCAUCUGCGUUGGUUUAUAAAUGGCAGCUUUGCUGAGAUCAGGCUUCUGUGUCAAAUUGAAAUUAGCAGUGGUCACUCUGAGCAAAAACUACACAAUAUCUCCAUGCCUGGUGGGAAAUCCUCAACUUACGCAGCUCAUCUGAAUGCAUUGCACCCAUAUACCAAAUACCAGCUCAGGGUGCGCUGUUCAGCUGCUGACCAUUUCUGGAGGUGGAGUGAUUGGAGCCGGGUAGAGGAGUACACAACAUCAGAAGCCCCUCCUGCAAGAGGACCAGACAUCUGGAGAGAGAGAAGUCCUUCUGGAGAAAGUCUAAAAAUCUUCUGGAAGCCCUUACCCCUUUCUGAAGCCAAUGGGAGAAUAAUGUCUCAUGAAGUGUCCUGCUACCUGCUAGAGACACCACUGGAGCAUAAAGUAGUCACUGAACCCACAAACAGCACAGAGAUAAAACUUGGAAAAAAUGACUGUGUAAUUAGCGUUGUAGCCAAAAACGAAGCAGGCUCGUCUCCUCCUUCAAGGAUAACAAGCGUGGAACUUCCAAGUGACAAUAUCAUAACAGGACAGGCCAUGGCAAUGGGGAAUGGAAUUAAUGUUUCUUGGGAUUCUUACCCCAACAUGACCUGUGGCUAUGUAGUAAAAUGGUGUCAUUCGUCUGGGUCUGAACCUUGUAGUGUGGACUGGCAGAAAUUUCCUUCAAACACAACAAAUGCAGUGAUAAAAUCUGCUCUGUUUAAACCUGGCGUGAGAUACAACUUUUCAGUGUAUGGCUGCAAAUCCACUGGAUAUCAGUUGUUGAAAAACAUAACUGGCUAUAUGAAAGAGCUGCCUCCAAAAAGUGCACCAAAUUUUACUGUCGAAGAAACUUCUUCAGAUUCUAUAUUGGUAAGAUGGGAAGAUAUUCCUAUUGAAGAAUGCCGAGGGUUUUUAAAAGGAUAUCUUCUUUCCUUUGCAAAAGGUGAAAAAGAUACUUUAAAGCCUAGACUUUCAGAAUCAGGGAAUCCAGAACUUAAAGUUAACAACAUCACUAACUUAACACAGAAGUCUAUGAAAAUACUUGAUCUUCAAGGCAAAACAAGUUACCAGCUGGAGCUACAAGCCUACACUGCUGGUGGGUUGAGCCCUCCAAACAGCCUCUAUGUGGUGACAAAGGAGGACUCUGUAGGAUUAAUCAUUGCAAUUCUCAUCCCUGUGGCAGUGGUGGUGCUGCUAGGAGUGGUGGCCAGCAUCUUCUGCUACCGAAAGAGGGAAUGGAUUAAAGAAACAUUUUAUCCAGAGAUCCCGAAUCCUGAAAACAGUAAGGCACUGCAGUUUCAGAGGAACAUCUGCGAGGGGAAUAAGACACUUAAAACACUGGAAAUGAACCCAUGCACCCCCAAUAGUGUUGAAGUGGUGGAAACACAGUCUACAGCUCCCAAGAUUGAAGACACGGAGAUGAUGUCCCCAGCAGCAGACACCACCGUGCCUGAAGAUGGCUCUGACUCAGAAAUGGAGAACCAUGUUGUUGUGUCCUACUGCCCCCCUAUCAUUGAGGAGGAGAUCUCAAAUCCCCCUACAGAUGAACCUGGGGGGUCAUCUCAGGUGGUUUACAUUGACAUCCAAUCCAUGUAUCAGCCUCAAAUUAAAUCAGAGGAGGAGCCAGAAAUAGACGUAGUGACUACAGCAGGCUAUAAGCCACAAAUGCAGCUGUCCGUCAGUGCUAUGAAUACAGAGAGUCGCUCACCUGUGGAGGAAGAAUUGGAUAAAACUGCAGGUUACAGACCUCAAGCAAACACAAAUGCCUGGAACAUGGACACUCCGGACUCUCCUGGAUCAGUUGAAAGCAACAAUGAAAAUGCAUCCUUUGGGAGCCCAUGCUCCAUUAAUUCCCGACAGUUUCUUCUUCCCCCAAAGGAUGAUGAAGACUCUCCUAAACCCAUUAACAUAGGGUGGUCCUUCACACAUUUUUUUCAGAACAAACCAAAUGAUUAACAGUGAGUCCUUGUUGCUCCUGAACCUGCCUUCUAAAUAAGCUUUUAUUCCCAAUGUUGUAAAGAAAGCAAGAAGAAAAGUGCAAAAAGCAUGAAUUAUUCUUGGAGACAGUCAGCAGAAGUUCUAGUGAGCUGAACGUUACCAUGUUUGAGUUAGUGAAAGUGUUAAUAUUCCAUUGUAAUAGAGGCCAAAAGGCAAAAAUUAUAGCAAUUUAGUUAUUACUCUAGUAAAAUAUAUUGGAUAUACUGGGUACUGAGUUUAGAGCCCCUAUAAUAAUAGUCAAAGAACUCUGCCUACCUUCACAUAGUGCUCCAAGAUUAACAUAGUCUCAUGCAACGUAUAACUUGGAAAGAUUGCUUUGCUUUGUCGUAGUUGUUCUCAACCAUGCAGACUCAAAUGAUGCAGCCCCAACAGGUUUCCUUACUGAAGGUUUCAUUUGUCACAAAUGUCAGCCUAAUACACGGAAACAAUGUGGUUGGAAACUGUUGAGAUCUUUUACCUAGUUAUAAACUAAGAGCAAAUGAGAGUGCUAUUUUUUCCUUCUCUCAUAUGGAGGGUUAUUGUCACUGUUUAACACUUCUGAAGCAAUGACCAUUCAGACCUGUUGAUUUUUAACCAGACACUAGUUUCUGUACCUACUGUACAAUGUUUAUUCAGUGUUUGACUCAGGGGUACAAACUUGGGGGAAAAAAGUGUAACACUGAUUGAAACCUCAAUAAGAACUGCAUAAAGUUUAAAACUUUACUUUUUUUUUUUUUAACUUAGAAUGCUCUAUAUUUUUUCUGUCCUUUGGUUAAGGAGUUAAUCUUUCCUAAGGUAUUGCACUAAUGCAUUUUGUAUUUAAUAGCUUCUGCUCCAGACUUCCUGCUUCAAAGUGGUACAGUACUCCAUUCACCCUUAGUGUCCAGCAGUCUUUGCACUAUGCGGUAAUUUAAGCCAUGAGGAAAUCUCUGUCUGCUCACAUUAGCUGUCCAAGUAGUUUGGCAUGUGAAAUUACAGGUAGUAGUACUAGCUCCUUGAGAAGAAAUUGCUCUUUGGAUGGUCUUUACUGUAUUAGCUUUGUAUUACCUGCUGCCUGGCUGAUCUCAAGUGUCUACCCCACAGGACCUUCUAUACAAAUCCUACCUGGGACUACAAGGUAGGAUUUCUCUAGUGGCAGGGAGAAACCCAAGGAGGUUUUAGUGUGGCUAUUUCUACCUCUCCUUUACCAGAUAUGCGAUGCAAAGAAAGCUUAAAUUAUGUACAUUUUUGUGCUUAAAGGAGUGUUCAGAACAAUCAUCUUUUAACAUGCUUGUUUUCACUUAUGCAUCUCUAGACGGCUGUAACUGUAAUAUUUCACUGUGUAAACUUCAGACUGUGGCAUACAUGGAUUUCACUAGCGUACAGGAGAAACUUUCUAACUUACCUGUUUGUUACUGUAAAACACAGUGGUGAGGUGUCAGAUGUUAAACAGCUUGAUCAAAAACGGUCUCCAUAAACCUAACCAUUUUUUUUUUUAGACCUCCAUUUCGUUAGUUACUUUGUGAGUAAUUGCAGCAAUGGAUGGUGCAGUUUCAACUGUUGGCAUGUCUCUGCCUUCUCUGUAGAAU